AUAGAUAUGGAUAAUGAAAGAGCACAUAGACUUAAUGAUAUUGGAACUACAUUGUUGUGUUUGAAUGUACCUGAGGGUACACAGGUGGCAUUGGAUAACAAACAGAUGGUCAGUGGACCAUCGUUUAAAGGUUUCAAAAUGAUACCUCAUGGUGCACAUAUAUUCUGUUAUAGCGCUGCUGAUCAAACCAAUAAUGUAUCUCCGCCAUCAGUACAAAGUAGAUUCUUCUACGUUGACGAACGUAAACAACCUGGUCGCGUCAUCAUUCUAAAGUGGUCCACAGAGUUGGAGGACUUUGUUGAUGAGCAUUCAUCAUCACAACUUCAACAACAACAACAACAACAGCAGCAUGGUGGACUUGAUGGAUCAUCACCAACAUUGUCACAGCAAUCAGCUAUACUCACUCAACAAGAGAUUGAAUCUUAUACGAUGGCCGUGAAGAAGUUGGAGUUUGAUCGGAACCUCGCGCCUUACCCAAUCGAUGACAACUGUCACUUUCAAUGGCUGGCACUGACGUCACACAUUACUCAAUCAUUGCUCGAUCGCAUCAUGCCCAUCUCUGGCGUUAUCAAUGGUGAUGCCGAUGACUACGAGAAUGCACAAGAUAACAGGAGACCUCGAAUGCCCGACGCCAAAGAGGCAGAGAUACUGGCCAAGCUGGACCGCGAUCUAAAUGAGUUCAGGAAGUUGAGGAACCCUCAACAUCAGCACGAACAAAGUGAGCAAUUGGAGGAGGACGAAGCCAAGACGACAAAGGAGAGAUGGGGCGUGCCUUAUUACUCAGUGCUGUCACGUGCCCCGUCAAAGGGGAGCACGCCAACAGAGAUUUCAAUGUGGAACAUGGACAAGUCACACUCACUGCGGACGGUGAUCAAGAGGUACUAUGCCGCCGACGAGUAUGGACUGAUUGGCGAGAUACAGUUCUGCUACGUACUGUUCAUCUAUGGACUGGCCUAUGGAUCAUUCUUGCAGUGGAAGAACUUGGUGACACUCAUGCUUCAAUGUGACGCGAUGGUCGACAGCAAUCCACGACUGUUCACAACGUUCCUUCGAGUACUCCAGCAUCAGAUGGAGGUGGGACCCGCCGACAUGUUCGAUUCAGACAUCUCAAGCAAUAUGUUCUUGAAGCCAUUGCUCAAGGGAUUCAUUGAGUCCAACUUUGAUGAGAUAGGCGGCAGUGGCAAGGUCAACGACAAGGAUAAUGACAAGAGACAGUUGUUUGAACAGGUGCUGGCCAUUAGACGCAUGGUUGAGAACAAGUUCAAAUGGAACCUAACAUUGUUUGAGAUUGGUAUGGACGACAACAAUCAGGACCACUACAUGGGCGAGGAUAACGAAGACCUGCCUGUCGUUGUCUACGAAGACGACGUGACC